UCUCUCCCUUGUGGUCGCUGCAGACAGAGACAGGCGAGCGAGAGCCGUGUAGCCCUAGGAACACUGGAGUGUGGUGACGACAGAAAUAUGUGCUGCCCCUUCAAGCCUGCGGUAACCAAAGCCCUCUCGACACAUCUCCUGUCGAGCUCAAAGAACUCGGAGAGCAGGCGUCAUGGCUGUCGCUCCUGGAAUUCAGCCUGUCUGUUGCCCUUUUACGCUUCAUUCUCCAUCCCGCCAUCUCUUCUUAAAUACCUCCGGUGCCCGUCGAAUUCCCACCACUUGCCUUCGAUCCUCAUCUUCCUCACCUCAUCCUCCCAAUGAAAGCGUAUCCGAUCCGUCCGCCGUCUCCUCCACUAAUUCUACGGGCGACCGCUUUAUUAAUUCCAGGAACCAUGGAGAAUAUCGGCUUGGAUACAAGCAUGCUGCCGAUAAGGGGGAAACUUCUGUCGUUCGGCUCACGCCCUCCCCUGAAUCGUCCAUUGAGAAGCUCAUAUUUGACUUUCGAUUCUUGGCCCUUUUGGCUGUUGGUGGUUCACUCGCUGGGUCUUUGCUGUGCUUUUUGAAUCAGUAGAGCUGUAACUUCUGCUGGCGUUUUUUUUUUUUUUUUGUAUAAAAUUUACAGUGCAAUACAGAAUGUUUCUACGUCUAUUCAGUGUUUCUACUCGCUU